AGGGAGGGAGCGGGCGAGCUAGCGAGCGAGCGGGGCGUUUGUGCGCAGCUCCAGUGCGCCUCGGAGCCCGCCGGGCGGCCGCCGGACACACAGACCAAGGACAGACAGCGCCCGGAAGCCGCGCCGCCGCAGCCAGGUGCCUGACUGCCGUCCUUUCGCCCGGGGAGCUGGUGUGGUCGGAGCCUGGGCGUGCUGGUCACCAUGACAACAGAGACAGGCCCUGAUUCUGAGGUGAAGAAGGCUCAGGAGGAGGCCCCGCAGCAGCCUGAAGCAGCCGCCGCAGCAACCACCCCUGUGACCCCCGCGGGCCACGGCCAUCUCGAGGCCAACUCCAAUGAGAAGCAGCCGCCCCAGCAGGACGCUCGGCCUGCAGAACAGAGUCUAGACAUGGAGGAGAAGGACUACGGGGAGGCCGAUGGCCUGUCAGAGAGGACCACGCCCAGCAAGGCCCAGAAGUCACCCCAGAAGAUUGCCAAGAAGUACAAGAGCGCCGUCUGCCGAGUCACUCUGCUCGAUGCUUCGGAGUAUGAGUGCGAGGUGGAGAAACACGGCCGGGGCCAGGUGCUAUUUGACCUGGUCUGUGAGCACCUCAAUCUCCUGGAGAAGGACUACUUUGGCCUGACCUUCUGUGAUGCCGACAGUCAGAAGAACUGGCUGGACCCCUCCAAGGAAAUCAAGAAGCAGAUCCGGAGCAGCCCCUGGAAUUUUGCCUUCACAGUCAAGUUCUACCCUCCUGACCCUGCCCAGCUGACAGAAGACAUCACAAGAUACUACCUGUGCCUGCAGCUGCGGGCGGACAUCAUCACGGGCCGCCUGCCCUGCUCCUUUGUCACGCACGCCCUGCUGGGCUCCUACGCCGUGCAGGCUGAACUGGGCGACUAUGACGCCGAGGAGCACGUGGGCAACUAUGUCAGCGAGCUCCGCUUCGCCCCUAAUCAGACUCGGGAGCUGGAAGAAAGGAUCAUGGAGCUGCACAAGACAUACAGGGGCAUGACCCCAGGAGAAGCAGAAAUCCACUUCCUAGAGAAUGCCAAGAAGCUUUCUAUGUAUGGAGUAGACCUGCACCAUGCCAAGGACUCUGAGGGCAUUGACAUCAUGUUAGGAGUCUGUGCCAAUGGCCUGCUUAUCUACCGGGACCGGCUGAGGAUCAACCGCUUUGCCUGGCCCAAAAUUCUCAAGAUCUCCUACAAGAGGAGUAACUUCUACAUCAAGAUCCGGCCUGGGGAGUAUGAGCAGUUUGAGAGCACGAUUGGCUUUAAGCUCCCGAAUCACCGGUCAGCCAAGAGACUGUGGAAGGUCUGCAUCGAGCACCACACGUUCUUCCGGCUGGUGUCCCCUGAGCCCCCACCCAAGGGCUUCCUGGUGAUGGGCUCCAAGUUCCGGUAUAGCGGGAGGACCCAGGCACAGACGCGCCAGGCCAGCGCCCUCAUCGACCGGCCCGCGCCCUUCUUUGAACGUUCUUCUAGCAAACGGUACACCAUGUCCCGCAGCCUUGAUGGAGCAGAGUUCUCUCGCCCAGCCUCCGUCAGUGAGAACCACGAUGCAGGACCAGACGGCGACAAGAGGGAGGAGGACGGCGAGUCUGGAGGGCGGCGGUCCGAGGCUGAGGAGGGAGAGGUCAAGACCCCCACCAAGAUCAAGGAGCUAAAGUUCUUAGACAAGCCAGAGGACGUCUUGCUAAAGCACCAGGCCAGCAUCAACGAGCUCAAGAGGACCCUGAAGGAACCCAACAGCAAACUGAUCCACCGGGAUCGAGACUGGGAGCGGGAACGCAGGCUGCCCUCCUCGCCUGCCUCCCCCUCCCCCAAGGGCACCCCUGAGAAGGUCAAUGAGUCCCAGAGGACCCAGGACACCUCUCAGCAGGACUUGGCACCUGAGCCUGGGACGGCCGUAGGCUUGGAAGUGUUCACUCAGAAAAGCCUCGCAGCGUCACCUGAGGGUUCAGAGCAUUGGGUAUUUAUAGAGAGAGAGUACAUUAGGCCAGAAGAGCUCAGUCUCCUAAAAGUGACCAGCACACAACAGGAAGGAAGCGACUCAAGCCUCGCCGGCAUCCUUGCUGAUGGCAGACUCUCCAAGGUAGACAUUCUGCUGGACAAGUUCAAGGUGGAAGUGGCCACAGAAGAAAAGGUGGGAGCCAGAAGAGCAAACACCCAGAGAACAGGCAGAAUGAUCGCGAGCCCUGAAGACUUCGAGUCCGUGUGGGAGGAAGCCCUCUGGGUCAGGGGAUGCCCAGAAAGGGCUUCUCUGGCUGCAGGCUGCACCCCAGCAGGAAGGCUCCUGGAGGGCUCCCAGUUCAGGGUGGAUGCUGCAGAGGUAGCGGUCAGGAAGCCCCCGACCUCCCAUGAUCAGCUGGAGGGCCCGGCAGACCUGAGGCAGGAGCUGGAGGAGUUCCAGGCUCGCAGAAGACCCACUGCCCCGGGCAUCCAACCCGCAGAGGUGGAUGUGCCCUCUCCAGCCUCCGAAGCAACAGGACUCCGGUCGUUUCUUCUGGACCCCGCCCACACAGAAGCCAGAGCUGACUCGAGUGACGAAACUGACACUUCCUUCGCAGAGAGAAGCUUCUGCUUCAGCUACGGAGAGAGAGAUGCUGAAGAUCGAGUCCUCCCUCCACCCCUGGAGGAGAGAGAAGAGCACGUAGAUGUCCCAUCCGAAUGGGAGACCAGGCGGAAGCUGGUGGAGGGUCUCACGGAGAGAUUGGAGCUGGACUCCUCAGCCCCGUGGGGCUCUGCUGCUGUUGGGAACAAGCACCAUGGGGGUGUCGCCCCCUCGGCUUCCCCAGAGGAAGAGGCAGGGCCCCCCAGGAACCACCGACCAGAGGACCUGGAGGUCUUUGUCGAGCAGCUCGGAAAGGGACCUUCUCCAGGGCUGACGUUCGCUGAGGAUGGGGACGCAGCUCAGUGUGGGGUGGAAGGAGAGGAUGCUCAUGCCUUAUCCUCAGAAGCUGCCGAGGAAGAGGCCCCCAGGAGUGGAGAUUUGAUGGGAAAGGCUGAGAAAAGCCCCACCGGAGAAUGGAACCACUCACCUCACAGAGGAGGGGCCGUGCGUCCAGACCCUCAGGUCUUUGCCCUUCCGUGGGCCAUCCCUCCUGGCGAUGUCGGGAAGCCAGCCAGGCCGGACAGAGGCAACUUCCUGCCCGAAGAGAGGGGACCGGUUCACACCCAGAUAGGAGAACCUGCAGCAGAGGACAGCAAGGUCGCAGCGUUCCUUCAGAUGGAAGUGAUCACCCCGCUUCCUACCUCCCCCCUUCCAUCUGCGGCUCAGAUUUCUCCAGAGGGAACUUCUCCAAGCUCAUCCUCCCGUGGGUCAGGGGAGCCUGUGCAGCUCAGGGACCCUUUUGGAGAACAGCCCCCUGUGUUUCUCAGAUAUGCCCAUCCUUCUAAAGAGAGCCCGGAGCCCAAGGACCAAGUCGAGCUGGCUGUGACCCCGAUGGAUGGAGGGGAGCGCAGGGCCCCUCCUGUCGCCAGCAGGAAGCCUAGAAUCAUCUCUGAAGAGGCCGAGGGGUUGGUGUUCCCUGCAGGGAAGCACAGGGAGACCCCCUCUCUCCAGGCUGGGGGUCAUGAGGGCUCCUUGGAGGAUAUCAGCAAGACCUCCGUGGCCAACAAAAUCCGCAUCUUUGAGACCCAUGGAGCUGAGACUCGCCGGACAGGUCUGGGAGAGACCAGGGCCUUUGCCCACGAGUUGUCUUCAGAGGCCUCCACGGGGCAGGCAGAGCCACAGCGGAGUAAGCGUUUCGACCUGGGAUGUGUCCAGUUCCAGCCCCUGGGGGAUUUGGCUAUCCCCACAGUCACACAGCCUUCAACGAUGCCGCCAGCUCCCAGCCGCUUCCAGGAGGGUGUCUCUACAUCCUUCCCUCGGGAAGGACGCGAGGAUGUCGAGCUCGUGUCCAGCAAUCCAGGCUGUGAAACCACACUGGAGGAAGCCCCUGGGGGAACUGGCCACAACAAAGCCGGAGACGCGGUCAGGCAAGAGACGCAGGUCACCAGCUUAGCGGCGAACCCCCCAGGAAAGGGGGGGCACCUGAGAUUCGCCAGCCCCCUGGGCCCUCAGAGAGCAGGGCUGAGGGAGGGCUCCGAGGAGAAGGUCAAACCGCCACGGCCCAGGGCCCCAGAGAGUGACACGGGAGAUGAGGACCAAGACCAGGAGAGGGACGCCGUGUUCCUGAAGGACAACCACCUGGCCAUUGAGCGGAAGUGCUCCAGCAUCACCGUCAGCUCCACGUCCAGCCUGGAGGCCGAGGUCGACUUCACGGUCAUCGGCGACUACCACGGCAGCGCCUUCGAAGACUUCUCCCGCAGCCUGCCCGAGCUUGACCGAGACAAGAGCGACUCCGACACCGAGGGCCUGGUGUUCUCGCGGGAUCUCAACAAACGAGGCCCCAGCCAGGAUGACGAGUCCGGGGGCCUGGAGGACAGCCCGGACCACGGGGCCUGCUCUACCCCGGAUAUGGCCCAGUUCGAGCCCGUGAAAACGGAAACCAUGACUGUCAGCAGCCUGGCCAUCAGGAAGAAGAUUGAGCCGGAGGCUGUACUGCAGACCAGGGUUGCCACUGUGGACAACACCCAGGUUGAUGGGACUGCCCUAGGAGGGAAGGAGUUCCUCACAACUACUCCCUCCAUCACCACAGAGACCAUAUCAACCACCAUGGAGAACAGUCUCAAGUCCGGGAAGGGGGCAGCUGCCAUGAUCCCAGGCCCACAGACGGUGGCCACGGAAAUCCGUUCUCUUUCUCCGAUCAUCGGGAAAGAUGUCCUCACCAGCACCUACGGCGCCACCGCGGAAACCCUCUCCACCUCCACCACCACCCAUGUUACCAAAACUGUGAAAGGAGGGUUUUCUGAGACAAGGAUCGAGAAGCGGAUUAUCAUCACCGGGGACGAGGAUGUCGAUCAAGACCAGGCCCUGGCUUUGGCCAUCAAGGAGGCCAAACUGCAGCAUCCCGACAUGCUGGUAACCAAAGCCGUCGUCUACAGAGAAACAGACCCAUCCCCGGAGGAGAGGGACAAAAAGCCACAGGAAUCCUGACCUCUGUGAAAAGAUGCUGGCGUUUCUGGUCCAACCCAAGCCAGAGAACCAUAAAGAAGGGGCCUUCAUCCUGGAUUCUCCGACUCAACACCGACGUCCCAGCUGUGACGUACUGUCCCUGAAAGAGACUGGGAAAGGAAAAGCAUAUAUAUAUAGAUAUAUAUAGAUAUAGAUAUAUAUACAGGAAACACCACGUCCUUGCACUGCUGCCGGGGCUGGCCGAGCAUUCGGCCGACAGCAACAACCAACAUCUGUACGCCUACAUUUCCUUUGCAGACAAAUUGAAGAAUUGGUGGGAUUUUCCAGGAAACAAACAAACAAAAAUUAUAACAACAGUAAUCCCUUGCUCCCCUCCCCACCUCACUUUGAAGCCCUGCAGAACAACUAAGGCAAGCCAGACCACGCUGAUUGUAGAAGUACAAUGCCACCUGGGUCUACACGUUCCCUUCAGUGGACAAGCAUCCCAUUUCUUCUUUUCCUGCGUCUGUUGCCCACUCCAAUGCAAAGGAAAACACUUUUGCAGCCAGUUAGAGAAGCUGCAGCAGCAAGACAUGCCCCCGUCAACCGUUUUCCAAGAAAGAAAAAUCCCCCAUUCGGAAAGGAGGAGGAGGAACACUGGAUUCUUAUUUUUGGGGUCUUGACACUGGGCUGCAAAAUCCACCUGCCUUUCUUCCACCUCCUUUCCCCCUCGACUUUCACACGUCUUGUUGUCAUUUUCUGUCUGGGUUCCCUCCUCCCUCUCCCCCAUCCCACUCCCCUCACCCUCUGUGUCCUGGUCCUGCCGAGGGCCACUGCAGAUGACUCUCACUGGAAAUGAGAAAAAGAAAAGAAAAGCAAGAACGUGAAACCAAGCCACAGGAGGUGAAGUAGACAUUGUAUGUUUAUGGGUUCUCAUUAUGAAGGUGCCGCUUGUAGGAGAUUUGUAUGGAUGUGCUUUUAAGUUAUGUAUAUUACAUAUAACAGGAAACAAAUAUUAAAAUAAACAGUGCUGGUAAGUAUGAA